CAGACUGACAGCUUUGAGUUUGACACAAAAGUUUACUGUAAAUGUGUUGAUGCUUCUGCAGACUUUAGUUUGAAAGUUGUUGCAGAAGUUUAAACAAAAAAAUCUGAUUGUUGUGGUCUGAUUUAUGUCUGAGCAGUUUGUCUGAAGUCAGCUCAGACUCUUGUGGUGUUGGGGGUGUUCAAGAGUUCACGUCUUCAGCAGAUUAAUUAUUUAUAUCGCCCUGUGAAAUAGGAAGUAAUCACACAAAGAAGAAGCCAUUUUAGAUCAGAGCGUUGCUUUGUUUCAGUUGGUUCUCUUCUGGUUUCUGGUGUCUGAUCAUGGAUCUGCGUUGGAUGAUCCUCCCGGUGUUUCUGGUGUUUGUUGAGGCCCAGAAAGUGACCGUAAUCAAGGCAAAGAUGGGUCAAAAUGCCAUCUUUACCUGCUCGGGGGAUACUACAGACACAUUCUGGUACAUGGAGAACCGCAGUCAGGUCAAAGGAUUGAUCGCCCGCACCUACUCAAUGGAUCCUGAUGAUACAGAUUAUCACAUUCAUACAACUGUGAAAAACAAAUAUGUUGCCAUGGGAAACAUAUUUGAGAUUACAAACCUCACAGCAGAGGAUUGCCGGCUUUACUUCUGUGCCAGAAAGGAACAUGGCAAAGUAAUUUUUACAGACACUUUUCACCUCAUUUCAGAUGAUCCUAUAACUCCGUCCACCAACAACAACUCUGAAGGAAAUGACCAACAGCAGCAGAACUGCUGCAUAAUCUGCCAGGGUGACAUCAUUUACAGCUUGUUGGCACUGAAUAUCCUCUUCAUCUUAUUGACAAUAGGUGAGUGUUUUUACCAGCGGACAUUGCGGUCCACUGCUCUAAGAAUACCGACAGUUUCUGCAUGUGUACGUCAGCUCAGAGGUGUCCUGUUGUCCUGUUAUAAACUCCUUAUGUUUCUGUUGUUUCUUGCAAACCAAAGUCAUAGUUUUGUGCUUUCAGAGUUUAGUUGUUUCGUCAUAAAUUCAGACGUCAGAAUGAAGCGUUCAACCAGUAAAAUCUGUGGAUGUUAAACAUUCCUGGAGGAUCUGACUAACGUGAUGCUCGGUUGGCAGGUUUGUUUUUUACUUUUCUGUGUUUGAAGAGGAAGAAGUGUAACCGUCAGGGGACUGAUCUGUCAUCUUGCAUCUAUGAGAACCUGCAGGUAAACAAACUACUGCUAUCUAUACUGUAAUAUUACUAAUACUGCUGUUUCAACACAGUCUCACUCCCAUUGCGUCAAAAACAGACAAUAAGGGCCCUUUGGUGGUAUUUGAUAAUGAAAUUAUUCUAACACUUUUAUAAUACUCGCUACCGUUGUCUGUCUUUAUGUUAUCAUACAGCGCCAUGGCCGAGCUGUUGCUCUGCCCGGUGUGUCCCAAACAGAUUCGGUAUCUGACUCUGAGAGCCAUUGAGCAAGCGUCAGUAUGUGACGGGUUGGGAGUGAGUAGGGGUUGACUCGUGACCUGUAUACUUUACUUAUUGCGUCUGCUGUGUGUUUCAGUACGAUGAGAUCCAGCUCAGUAACUUUCCACCAGCUGUUGCUUAUUCAUAGACUGUUUACUGCUGGCCUCAGCUGCCUCCAAACCCCAGAAAGAAAGAAAGAAAAAGACAAAAACAAACAGACUUCUGGUUGAGCCAGAAGAAAACCUGGAAACCUGACGAGUUGUUUGGGUUGCCCAAUCUUGAAAAGACCGCCUUAAACAUGGUUUUAAAUUUGUUAAUAGUUUCUUUCUUCAGUCCAGUUGUUUGCAGAUGAUGAACUCCUAAAUAUAACAACAACCACUUUUGGUUUUCAGAUAAAUUAUAUUUCUUAACAUUUAUUUUGAUUUUGGCUCCUUAAACCUGAUCAGGCAUAUAUAGGUUUUAAGGCGGUAUAAGAUUUAAUGUGGCUGAGCUACAGUUUAUGAUCAUUUUGAUUGUACUGUUUGCAAUUUAUGAAAAUCUUCAGCUUGUGUAUUUGUGUUUGUAUGCGUUUCUUUCUUUGGUUCAGUUGUUUGCAGAUGAUGAACUCUUAAAUCUUUACGAUCACAUUUUUGUCCUGAUUUUUGUUCCUUAAAUGCCCCCAAACUAAUUCUGCCAAGAGACUUUUGUUCAAUGUUUUUUCCUGUCUAACAGAGAGGAUAUCCUGCCUGUAAGACUCAGACUGACAGCUUUGAGGUUGAGACAAAAGAAUACUGUAAAUGCAUUGAUGCUUCUGCAGACUUUAGGUUGAAAGAUGUUGCAGAAGAUUAAACAAAAUAAUCUGAUUGUUGUGGUCUGAUUUGUGCCUGUUCAGUGUGUCUGACGCCAGCUCACCCUUACGAAACAAACUUAUAUUGCAAUAUACUAGCAUUUAUAUUGCAAUAAAUUAGAAAAUAUAUUUCAAUAUGUAAGAA